GCAGCCGUCUCCCUGAACACAUGUUAAACGUCCCGCAAGCCCGAGGAGGAGGGACGCAGCCACAGAGAGAGCUAGAGAGAGGACCCAGUGCUGGACAGAAUGAGAGAGAGAGAGAGAGAGAUAGAAGCAGAGACAGACUGAGGAGAGGAACAGUCUGAGGAUAGAUAAAGCCUGGAGGCGGGGUGGGCAGGGGGGAGGCACACAGCGCUGUGAAGAGGAGCCUCCGAGCGUGUGUGUGUGUGUUAGUGAGAGAAAGCGUAGUGCAGAGGGAGAGCGUAUGUAGCGUGAAGAAGGGAAGGGGAGAGGAAGCAGUGUCGGGAGAGUCCAACGCAUGUUGCCAGAUUGAGAGAGACAGGGAGAGAGUAGAGGACAGAAGCAACGAGGAGUAGAAGAGGAGAGGGAGGCAAAGGUUUUGAUUGCUUGAGGGAACGUAGAAAAGAGAGAGAGAGGAGAAAAGAGGUAGUUGGGUUUCAGUCAAGUAGAAGAGGCAGGGAGCAGUGUAGAGCCGGCAGUGCUGCGCUGUGGAUGUAAACUUUAUCGUCAGCCGGAUCAGUGGGUAGCAGCUGCAGAGCAGGAGGAGAGCGUGCUGGUGGAUUACCAUGCGUGUCCUCUGAAUGCACCAGGAUGCUGCAUCUCCAGCAGGAGAAAAGCUGGCCGUGGCUCGCCUGCAGAGGGAAGUCGCACGGAGCAAGAGCGAAGGAACAAUGCGAGAAAAGCUGAUCCACGAGCUAGAGGAAGAGCGACGUUUGCGACUGGAGAGCGAGAAGCGUCUCCGGGAGGUGACGGAGGAGUCCGAGCUGGGACGGGCGCAGAUGGUCUCACUGCAGCAGAAAUUCUCCAGGAUGGAAGAGACGGUGCGGUCGCUGCUGCAGAAUCAGGGCGUCCUGGAGCAGACUGCCGUGGACACGGUGGACAUCAUGAAGGCCUACAAGGAUAAACUCUCAGAGGAAGUGCGGAAGCAGCAAGACAGCCCCGAAGAGAACGGCUCCCCGCAGGCGCCUCAGACGCAGCCAGACUCCGGGAGCGCUGAUCCUGAUGCCAGCCAAUCAGAGGACGACAAAGACAAAACCAAGCCCCUCCUGGAUCGCCUCAAGGCCCUGGAGGAGCGAAACUCUACGUUGGCCUCGGAGAACGAGAGCCAGAGGGAACAGUACGAACGCUGUCUCGAUGAGGUUGCAAAUCAAGUCGUGCAGGCGCUCCUCACCCAAAAGGAUCUGAGAGAGGAAUGUCUGAAGCUUCGAACUCGUGUGUUCGACCUGGAGCAGCAGAAUCGGGCGCUGAGCGUUUUGUUCCAGCAGCGGAUCAAACCUGCAUCUGACCUGCUUCUCCAGAAACUCCACUCUCGAAUCAUGGAUUUAUCCGCUGCCGAUUUGCUUCUGGAGCCGGAGAGAAGCAAGGCCUUCCUGCUUUCCAGGAACACAGAAUCUCCCUCCAAUGAAGUUCAGUUGAAUGGAAAGGCAGGUCUCCCUGUGGCCAAGUGUCUGAGCCAGCUGAGUCUGACAGUGCCAGCGCCUGUAUACCCACGCAGCAGCUGUAGCAGUAGUGAGUUGUCCCUGUCAAGUGCAUGCAGUGAAUUCUCCAGCGGCUCGUAUACCUGGAAUGACGGACGCUCCAGUGGGAAAAUGUCAUCUCUGACCUGGGAGAAGAGGCUGAGUUUGGGUUCGUCAGCACCAAGUAAUAUCUGCGACCCCAUGGAGGAGCAGCAGCCAACGAGGCGCAAGGAGAGCCACAUCCUCGAGGGACUUCGAAAGCUCCAGAGGAGGAAAAACAGGAGCGCCUCUUUUUCAUCGAAGGUCUCCAAGUCAGGUUACAAAGACUGCAUGAACUCCAACGAGGGCAUCUACUCCCUGGGUAUCAAGAGUACCAGUAAAGGGGUAUCCAAGCCUACUCAUGUGGGUAGAGGUUUAGCUGUCGGUGGCAAGAAGUUCUCUUACGAUUCGGACGAUGCAGAUGAUGAAUUGCCACAUUCUGGUCGUGGAGACAAUAUCCCCACAAAGGACAACUGGUUUUACUGUAAGAGGCUCUCACACAGUAUCUCAGACAGUUUGUGUAGCUGGGAGGGAACACAGGACAGUAUAGGAGGAAGUGGAGGUGAUGUUAGUGUUGGUCCUGUCACUACGCAGCCUCUUGGUUAUGACUCUAAAGAGCGUCCUGAGAAACUAAUGAGUUUCAUCAACAGUUUUCUUCCUGAAGGAGGACGGAAAUCAGCCUUUAGUAAACCAUCCAAGCUACCUUUACACUGUUCUGAACCACAAGGUCCCAGUCACCUCUCUGAUGUUGAAGAUCCAGAGGAACCUAAGUCUGAAUUCAGUGACAUUCGAAUGUCCUUUAGCCGGUCAGCAGAGAAAGCAGAGAUGGAUUCUAAAAGGCUGUCAAGAGAUGCUGCCAAGCUGCUCAAACAAAGGUGGUUAGGAAAAGACCAGGGACGAACUCAGUCUGCUGAUGGAAGGCCCAGGCCUUUCAGCCUACUAAAGGAGCCCAAAGUGACUAAGUGUACUCAGUCGGAAGAGAGCAUAAUGGCAAUAUUUGAUGCAGAAGGAGAGCCCAUUGAACUUUGUGCUCAGAAGCGUACCCCUGGUGCCGGGCCUCGAAAUGAAGUUCAAGGUACUAAGGUAGUUCCCAAUUACGCAGAACUCGUGCCCCAAGAGAGACCAACAAAACAAAAAUCUGCAAAUACAAGAAACUACUCGGUUCUUGAAUCUCCAGAGAAGCCAUCUGAGUAUCAAAUCAGGAAUAGUAAAUCAAGCAAUAGCAGGGAGGGCAGUGCAGAAAGGUUGCCAAUGCCGCUGACUCCUCAAAGGAAACUAAUCAAGCCACCAAGCAGCCGACCCACUAAGGGCCAUUCCAUCCCUCCCAUGAACGAGUCUGGUGGUACCAAGUCUAGUGCUUCAAAGAUACCUGGUCGUAACAAACCUGCAGGAUCCCCACUUAAGUUCUCUAAGGGCUCCACCACUGAGCCAAGUACCAGUGGAAACUCAGGACCCUCUGGUCAUGAGAAAUCCCCCUCUUCUCCUACAGUCAGAUUGUCCAGGUUCAUCAAGGUACCAGGAAACUGCGUACAGAGCCCAAAAUCCGUAAACUCCAAGCUCCCUGGCAGGGCAGAGUGGAAUAAGGGCUCCUCCUCCAGUUCCCCACACCUCCCAAGGAGAACCCUGGAGUAUGCUGACAGUGGCGAACAGCCAACCAGAGACAAACACUGUGAAACCAGCAAAAACAAACUCAGGUCCCCUUCUCCUCCCCCACCCCCGGGGCGUACCACCUCCUUACUGAUAAGACCAAAUUACGAAGGGUCACCUCAAGCACAUAAAACAUGGGUGGCUCAACCAUCCACACCAACCACUGUGAGGGGCCCUCCCCCAAGUUACCAGACCUCACUUUUACCAAAUAUGCAAAGUACACUCCCCAUCAAGGAUAAAGACUGUUUAGACAUGGAUGCAGGCUACGGGACUGCACUUGCACCUCAGAAACUGGUCGACAAAACCAGUCAGCACCUUCAAAAGUCCCCGGCCAUGACUCAGACUCCCACUAAAGGCACUUCUAAGAGGAUUACCACGAAAGACUACCUCCCUCCUCCAAACUCAGGGUGUGCUCAUGAAACUGAAAAUGCACCUAAAAGCUCAAAGAAUGUCCCUCCUCCCUACAGUGCCCUCAGAGGGUCCUCACUUCAGAACUCAUUUGCAGGUAAAAGAGGACCAACCCAAGAAAAUGUCCAUCACACAGUGCAGAAGACAUCAAUUAGUUUACCUAUAUCACUUCAGGACUCCCCUCAAGGUAUAACAGAACCCCCAAAUGGUAAAGCAGUCAUUAGUCCACCCAGUUCGGUCAUAACUUCCCCAAACACAGAAAAGUCCUCAAAGACUCGCAUCCCAAUGGGGUUUAAAGCGUUUUUAAAAUCCCCUAGCCAUAAAAAUAGUCCCUCUAUACCAGGCAAGCAGGAGAAAGAUCAUAUCAACUUAGUCUCCAAAGAGACUGUGACUUUGGCUGCUGUUCCCCAGUAUGACAGCCUGCCACCACCAUACAGUAUUGAUCCACCACCCAAGAUGUCCAAUACAGAGGGGAAAGGUGAGGUUCAGGGUAGGUUACAGGAAGAGGAAGUACAAGCUGCUGUGGUACCAGAGGAAGCGGAGGCUUGCGAUAACGGGAAAAGGGGAAGUCUACUUUUCUCCAGAUCCAUAUCUAUCACAACCAAACCUCAUCUCAAGCCAGCCUUGGGUAUGAAUGGGGCCAAAGCUCGUAGCCAGAGUUUCAGCACCAACUACAUUGAGAAACCCAACAUCAAUUCUCUAGAUGGACCAGGAAAAAUCCGAACUCAGAUUAUCACAAACUCAGGUGAAAGGGGGAACUCUUUGUCGAGACAGACUUCCUUGGAGGUGCCCAAUGUUGGGUCAGCUGAGAGUCCUGUCCAUUCCCCCAGGUCUCGGCUCAGCCACUAUGGAGGCAUGACAGGGUCCAAUAGUCAAAACAUCCUCCCUGAGAAAACGUCUAAACCAGGGUCCAAGGUUGAAGGUGCGCAAGGAACAGGGAAGGGGGAGGCUAUCAACUCACCUUCACAAAAAGAGGCACGCAGCUUACCCAUCAGUGAUAAGAUUGGUUUGAAAAACAUUCGUAAGCCAGCAAAGGUUGCAUCUCAUCCACAAUUUCAGCCACAAUCCUCUUGUGUCUACAGCUCAGAAAAUCAAGCACAAGAGACCGGGGGCAUAGCAUUGACCCCGAACGAACCAGACUUUAGCCAGGAAGUAAAAACCCAGACAGACUCUCCAAACAAAGCCCCAGAUAUGGAGGAGAAAAAAAUCAGCCCCACAGCCUGCACUAUUGAAGAGAAAGUCAUGAUGGGAAUUGAAGAGAAUCUGCAGAAAUGUCAAGAACAAGAGAAGGUUGCUGCCACCGAGGCCAAACAGAAAACAGGCCCGUCUUUGGCAAACUGGUUCGGACUUCGUAAGAGCAAACUUCCAGCUCUGAGUGGCAAGAAAGCGGACUCCCCCAAGGGAAAAGACGAGAAGAAAGAGCUUAAGAUUGGAUCAGUUCUCGGAGGCAAGCAAAUGAAGUCUGACAAGAAAAAGGAUAAGAAGCAGAAAGAGGGCCAGGAGGUGCAGAAUCUCUCCGAGAUGAACAACAAGCUGAGCUCCAUCAUGGACCACUGCAACAAUCAGAUGGGGCAGAUUGCCAGUCAGAUCCAGUGUACCACUGCUUUUAUCGGCAAAGACCAGUUUGUGAAAGAGCUUCUUGGCAGGACCACUGUGAAGGGCAACUCUUUGGCUGCAUCGCCGCCCGGGAUCUCCUCGCCCAAGAAACACGGCGAAAUGAAGGGAGAUAUGGAGAUCUGCACAGAUACCGCUACCCUUCUGAUGACUGAGAAGAUCAACCUGAGGGCUGAAAAUGAAGAGGGACCCAUGCCGGAUACAGCAUGUCAGGACCACAUGAUAGGCUCCGGCUGUCAGAUGAGAACUCUGGACAGUGGGAUCGGCACCUUCCCUCUUCCCGAUUCAGUCACCCGGGCCGGCGGUCGCCACAUCCCCAAAUCCGAAUCCAGUCCUGGUGCGGUGACCGCGGGCUCCUCCUCCGAGCUCGAUCGGGAUCCUCUCUCCUCUCACCCAGACCCCUCACAACCUGAUGUGAAAGUGCCUUCCCUCCCAAAAACCCGCCUGCAUGCCCCCGCCAGCUUGGGUCACUCCCUGUCCGACCCCACUGUGACAUGUAGCAACAACCCGCAAGACACCCAGAGCCGCCUUCCCAAAUUAGCAACUUCAGACGCAAUGAGGACAAAGAGGUUCAGUCUUGGUGCCCUUCGCAGUAACAUCUCCACAGAGGACAAAGAGAAGGAAACAGAAAGGAAGGGGAAAAACAAGGAUCACGAUAUCCCUGGUGAAAGAGCCCUGCAAGUGUGCACGUACUCGGGGAGCAGCAGCAGCGACUCUGAGGCCCAACCCGAGGGAAGCACUCUGGGCUCGCCUCAGAGGACUCUGGUCAACAGGACCAAGAAGAGCGACUCAGUGGAUCACAACGAGGAGACCCUAAAGAGAAGCAGCGUGGAGAAAACCCCGUCAAUCAUGGACUACUACCAGCACGACGUGUUUUCACAUCUGGAGGACAGCAGGAGGCUUUCACAGUACAACCUGUUGCACAAAGAGUCGUCCCUCGAUGGCAAAGCUGGAGACAGGCUCAGCAAAGAGAUACCCAUGGAGAAGACAGCAAUCAGUGCAAACCAGUCAGGAUCCCUCGACUUCUCCUUGGAGUCCUUGAACACUCUGAACCACAGCAGCUCCAGCAGUGGAAGCCUGUAUCCAGACACGGGCUCGGGCAGCCGCGUUGUGGACUGCCUUGUUGAGACAGCAAAGAGCGUCGAAGACUGCUGCAAGUUGGACGAGCCUUCUUCUUCUAGUUUCUCGAGCAAGCCCGGGGCGGAUCCCGUGGGUUCACUAAGUGACUCGCUGUACGACAGCUUCUCCUCCUGCACCAGUCAGGGCUCCAAUGACGUGUAGGGGCAACGAGUACCAAGGCAGGACCUCAGUGCCAGAGUCCAAGUCAAGUUUUGUUGUCAGACCAACUCCCUUACUUAUUGGAUAACUUUUUCUUACUCUCUUUGCAUUCAAAACCCCAUGCAUUGACUGGCUAGUUAUUGAAGCAUACUGCCAACCAAUGGUGGGGAUUCCCCGUUGAUUGUUAUCCUUGUUCAACCUUUCAAAUCUCCUUAAGCAAUAAUGUCAGCUUUAUCGAGUAAAAGAAUAUCCAACAGGACUUGGUUUGUUGACUUUGGCCCCAAUCCCCCUUGGACAUGGUUUCAAUUCAAACUGACUUUUAACCAAUGAUUGGAAAUGACUCCAACUGGACUUAACUGGUCUUGACUUCGGCCCUGCCGCUAAGCAUGGAUCCUUUCCUGGUUAUGUACAACGCAAAGCACUUAUUAGAAUUCAAGACACGAGGAUGAAACCUCAACUCAACACCAAACUUGGACUUUUAAUAGUUUGAAUUUGGGUGUGGUGGACUUGACAGCAAUAUACAGCAUUGUCUCAUUGCAAUUUUUUUUGUUUCCUCUUCCCCCAAUGCUGGGGAACUUCUUAUCAUUGCACUGUAAGAAAUACUGUACAAAGUUUGUAAGAAGUGUAAAGUGAAAGAUUAUUCAAGCAGUGAUGAGCAGCGCUGAGGGCAAUAACAUUUUGAUUUGACAGCAUUCCUGUUUGCUAGAGACUAGACCUAAGGUGUCAUUUUAUGUUUGCUGCUAAGUCUGUUGCCCAGGAUCACAAGACAUCAUAACACACCUCGUUCGUCUUUUCUACUGGUUUUUUAAGCAAUAUUUUUACAUCUACUACAACAUUAACUACAUCAACAAUCAUAUUGUCUUUCAUUUUUGUCAAUGUUAAGUCAUGUUACGGUCAAAUCAGUUGCCAAUCUUGUCAUUUUGUGUUAUUUCAAGUAGGGAUGCAUGGUAUAGAUAUUUUAGUUGAUACUGAUAUCUGAUCAUUUCCAGCUUCUCAUGUCAGAUACUGAAAAGAAAGAACAUUUGAAAUUUGUAUUAUUUUCAGAAGUUCAUUUCUGAGAAAAUGUGUGGCCAUGUCCUCCUCUGAAACUGAUUUCUUUAAAAAACUCAAUCCAUGCUUCAUAUUGACUACAUGCACCGAUAUUUACCGAUAUAACUGUGAAAGGCCGAUAUCAGGGCUGAUCAUUUUAAUGCUGAGAUGUUGUGCAUCCCUGAUUUUAAGCAGUAAAAACAAAAAUCUUUUGUUGCUGCAAAUGUUCUGAUGUCAGCUGGCAUACAUCAUGCUAUGCUUCCACAUGGUACAUACACUUAAACGAUCAUUUUUCAGUGUCUGCCUGACGCACAGGUACACCUAACGACCAGCUUUUUUUCCUCAACGCAUCCAGUGUCAUUGUCGGUAGCUCAGGGAACACACUGGACUGAUGUAGAUUGUAAGAACUUUAAAAAAAAAAAAAAAAGCAGCCAUCAGGAA